AUGGAUUACACUAUUGAUGUGUUCAACCACUUCAGGUUUCGGAUUUCCCGGUUUCGGACACAACAGUCCGCCCGUAUUUGACUUCAAACGUGAAUGGCUUAUACCCGAAAAUGAACCCGUCGGCAGCCGUGUAAUAACAGUGCGAACAAGAGAUGAGGACAGGGACUCAAUCGACUACAGUAUAGAUAAGGCCAUGUUUUUGGACGGAUCCAAUUAUUUCACUAUCAAUCCGAAGAAUGGCGACGUUUUUCUCAAAGAGUCUUUGUUGGGACAGGCUGGAAAUGAUUUCUAUCUAUUUAUCACUGCCAACGAUGGACAUCAAACAGCCAAAAUUGAAGUAUUUGUUCGGGUAUUGGAUGCCGACAAAAACGGUAGCGACUUAUUGUUGGCCAAUAUGACCUCAACCAACAACAACAACAAUGCUGCUGCCGUACCCGUGCGCCGGCCAUUUCCGCCAUUCAUUAGCGCACAGCUACCGCCUCAGAGACCAAAAGAUACCGCAUUUAUCACUCCCGCGACACGUAAGCCCACCGCCAGUCCUACCGCAGCUGAAAAGAGACUACUAUCAGCGAAACCUGUUGCAAACUCCACGGCCACCGGUACCCUUACCGCUGGACAAACAGUUUCAACAGCUACCAAGCCAUCAUCAGCAUCACGCCCACCGUCGGCGGCGGCCAAUCAAUCGAUACCAGCUAUUCAAACGAAUGUACCGCCAAAGCCAGUCGUCGUGGACACAAUCGACGACAAUAAUCCCAGAGGAUCAGCCAAUCGGACUGGCGAUGGACUUGAUAUGAUAACCGCAUUCCUGCCACUGUUGGCUGCCGUAUGUUUUGCACCGAUAGCCGGUCUAGUCUUCUGGAUUUUGCACCACCGAUGCCACAAAUCGUCGAACAGGAAUCUAAUGAAAUCGAUAUCGCAAAAGAUUGCCACCAUCGAGAAGGGUACUACCGGGUCAGGUUCAGGCACUAGUAGCGAAACUAGUAUCAGCUCCGGUAUGUCGGCCGAACUUGACUACAAUGGUGCACUGUUUCAGCAGAUUCGGGCCAAAAAAUCGCUGCAAAACAAUCGCAGCGCCGAAUCCAAUAGAUAUACAUCAACGUUGAACAUACCGUUGACCGAGGAUAACCAUCAUCAUCGUAUUCAACUGGAGUUUCCCAGACAUCAUCUACACUUUCUGAGCAUACUGGGCGAAGGCUGUUUCGGUCAGGUAUGGAAGUGCGAGGCCUACAAUAUAUUUGAUAACGAAAAAAAGGAUAUUGUGGCCGUGAAAACAUUGAAAGAAAAUGCAUCGGAAAAAGAAAGGUCAGACCUGUUAACCGAAUUGCAGAUCAUGAAGAUGUUGGACAUACAUCCGAAUGUAGUGACAAUGUUGGGCAGCUGUACGGAAAGGGAUCCCGUAUUCUUGAUCAUGGAGUACGUACCCUAUGGUACACUUCAGUCAUAUUUGCGCGAUAGUCGCGAACGACAGUCCGACCGAUUCUACGGUAAUCUUCACGGCAGUAGUAGCCGAUUGUCGGCCAGAGAUUUGACAUCGUUUGCCUAUCAAGUGGCCAAAGCCAUGGAAUACCUGUCCUCUAAAGGGAUAAUUCACAGAGACUUAGCCGCCAGAAACGUAUUGGUCGGCACUAAUAAUACCGUCAAAGUGGCCGACUUUGGUUUCGCCAGAGAUAUUAUUGCCAAUCAUGUCUACGAACGCAAAUCGGAGGGUCGACUACCUAUUCGCUGGAUGGCCAUUGAGUCCUUAAUUGACUCGAUAUUUACCACCAAAAGUGAUGUCUGGAGUUUCGGUGUCCUAAUGUGGGAAAUUGUAACACUGGGCGGAACACCCUAUCCGGGUCUCGGGGCACCCGAUGUUAUCAAAUACGUACGCGACGGCCAACGGCUACCUAAACCGGAACAUUGUAAACGUGAAAUGUAUAAUAUUAUGUACUACUGUUGGGACGGCGAUGCGGACAAGAGGCCCGCUUUCGACCAAUUGGUCGACUAUCUCGACAAACUGUUGGUCAGCGAAAACGAUUACAUCGAGUUGGACAGGUUUCCCGAUCAUUGCUACUAUAAUACUAUUCCCGAUCUGGCCGGAGAAAAAUUGUGA